AUGUCUGACGACACAUAUAGUCAGCUUCAACAUGCGUUGAAAACAAUGUUUUCCAAUGCCAACCAGGAUGAGAAGCUCAAAGCAUCUCACUUCUUGGAAUCAUUCCAAAAGUCACAGCAAGCAUGGGAAGUUGUGCACACGAUUUUGGCGGCCGAUCAAGCCACUGACAUCCAAUUUCUCCUCUUUGCGGCCCAGACAUUGAGGUCUAAAAUCACAUAUGACUUGUCCCAAUUUCCUGCCUCCAAUUUGGUUCAAUUAAAAGAUUCCGUCAUCACUUUGUUAAUAAAAUACUCACUGGCACCACAUCGUUUGAUUAGAUCUCAAUUAUGUAUAGCAUUAUCACAUUUGUCCGUCCAGUAUUUGGAGUGGGACAAUGCCUUUAGUGAGAUCGUUAACAAAUUGUCUUCUUCGGUGGUUUGUUUGUUGGAUUUCUUGAGAGUUCUUCCAGAAGAACUCGAUGAUCUGAAGAAGUUUUCAUUGAGUGACGCAGAAUUCAACGUUAGGUGUCAAGCGUUGAUCACUGAAAAUGUGGAGCAAGUUCUUUUGAUGUUGCAAGGUUUGUGUGAACAGGGAGAUCAUGCCUCUCUCAUCCUUGAUUGUUUGAACAAUUGGAUCAAGGAAGGUUCAAUCGAGCAGAUUUUACAAAUUGCCCCAUUAACUAAUGUGAUCUUCCAAUCAUUAACCAAUGACAAUACUUUUGACAGUGGUAUUGAAUGUCUUGUCACCAUCAUUAAAGAGACUAGAGAUAUUGAUAACUAUCAAAUUAUCGAUGCAUUAUUUUCACAAUUACUUCAACUUCACGAAUUCAUGGUUAAAAACCCUUCAAAAAGAGAGGACCCAGAGACUUUUGAAAGCUUAACGAGAUUAUUUGUCGAAGCCAGUGAGGCUUGGAAUGUUUUGAUUGUUAAAAACCCCAAGCAUUUCAAGCCCUUGGUUGAAAUAUUAUUGGAGUCUUGUAAAUACGACCAGGAUUUAGAUAUCGUUAGAUAUACUUUCAAUUUCUGGGACAUGCUCAAGCAAUUAAUCACUCUUCCAAAAUUUCAGGAAUCAAAACAAGAGUUAUCCAGCUGUUUUGAAUCAUUGAUUUCAAUUAUCAUCAAACAAUUAACAUAUCCUAUCGGAGUUGACGACCACGAUUUGUUCGAGGGAGACAAGGAGCAAGAAGACAAAUUCAAAGAAUUCAGAUACGAGAUGGGUGAUGUUCUUAAAAAUUGUUGUAGUGUUUUGGGGGCCACCAAAGCAUUAAGCAUUCCAUUCCAACAAAUUCAACAAAUCAUUUCGAAUCCAGAAAAUUCGUCAUCCAACUGGCAAAACUUGGAGUCGGCAUUGUUCUCGAUGAGAACCAUGGCGAAGGAAGUCCCAACCAAAGAGAGGACCAUUUUGCCCUCAAUCAUGUCUUAUUUGGUACAAUUGCCCGAGCACCCCAAAAUCAGAUACUCGGCAACAUUGGUUCUCGGAAGAUACACCGAAUGGACAUCUAAGAACCCUCAAUUCUUGCAACCACAGUUGAAUUACAUCAUCAAGGGGUUUGAGAUUGUGGGCCAGUCAAGUGACCAAAAGUCGUCCAAGGAUAUUAUCAUGGCCACCUCGCGUGCGUUGAUGUAUUUCUGCCAGGACUGUUCGUCGUUAUUGGUGGAGUACUUGGAGCAGUUAUACAUGCUCUACGGGCAGAUCAAGGACCAGUUGGACGUGGUUUCGCACUACGAGCUCGUGGACGGUUUGGCCCACGUCAUUAACCAGCUUCCCAUGGAGAACUUGUACAAGACCACGGAAAUGUUCAUAAACCCCACGUUGGAGAUCUUGAACGAGUACUUGGAGGGCAAGCGCAACAACGAUGAGCACUUGGCCGACAACGUGGAGGUGAUCACCACGUUUUUCAAGGUGUUGAGAUGCAACGACUUCGAGAAACCAGCGUAUCCCGUGGCAACGUUGUUCAUCGACCGGGUGUGGCCUGUGGUGUCGCAGCUCUUGGUGAAGUCGGGAGCGUCGAUUUUGGUUAGCGAGCGGUUGCUCAAGUUGAUCAAGGCCGCGGUGCAGUCGUUCAGCACCUACUUGCUCAGCAUCUUGGGGGACUUGGCCACGCUUCUCCACCAGGGGUUCAAGCAGUACAACUACGGAUGCUAUCUUUGGGUAUCAGGAAUACUUAUCAGAGAGUACGGUGACGAGUACACCAGCGACGACAUCAAGGAGUCGGUGUACCAGUUUGGCCUCAGCCAGUGUGCGUCGUUUUUCGAGACGGUGUUCACCAAGUACGCACACAACCAGGCCGAGAUCAAGACCAUUCCCGACGUGGUGGCAGACUACUACAGAAUGGUGGGCGACUUGCUCAUGUUCUACCCGUUGCGGUUCACGGCUGACGUGGACCUCAUGGGCUCCACGUUGAAGGUGAGCAUCUUGACUUUGAGCAUCGUCAACGAGAUCGAGCCGUUGGUCACCUGCUUGCACUUCUUGAUCGAUCUUUUGUCGUGGGGCUUGCCGCACCCUCCGGUGUCGUUUUUCGACGAGAACCCCGAGAUACCGCGCCGGGCCAUCCAGCAGUUCGUGGUUUCCGACAACCACGGAGCCCAGUUGUUGCGCGAGGUGGUCAACGGAGUGAUCUUCAAGUUCCACCACGACAUCCAGCAGGACGCCAACGACGUGAUUCUCAAGAUCCUCUUGGUGACGCCCGACCAGACGGUGUCGCUCCAGUGGCUAAGCGAGGUGGCGAAAACGUUGCCCAACGUCAACGAGCACGAGAUCGUCAAGUUGGUCAACAUCGUGUCGGUGGCAUUGCCUAACAAGGACAACCGCAGGGUGAGAUCGGCGUUGAAGGACUUUAUCAGUUGGUAUUGCCGUAAAAACGUCACCCCGCGGUCUGAGUUCUGA